AUGAAUAACGAUCCUAAAUUUCAAGUCCAGGUGGAUCCUAACAAAGAUACCGAAUGGAAUGAUAUAUUGAGACUGCAUGGGAUUAUUCCGGAAAGACCACCAUCACCAACCGCUGAAUUAGAAGCGGCAUUAGAAGAAGCAAUUGUAAAGCAACACGAUAACAGAUUAGAGAAUAAAGAUUUAGAUGAGUUGGACGAAUUGGAAGAUGAGGAAGAUGAAGAUUUUUUGAACCAUUAUAAACAAAAACGUAUGGCUGAAUUAAAGAAAAUAUCUGAAAAAAAGAAAUUCGGUCACGUGUUGCCAAUCAAUAAGAAAGAGUAUGAAGAUGAGGUUACCAAGGGAUCUAAUGAUACAUUUGUAUUAGUACAUUUGUCAUUACAAUCAAGCUUACAAAGUAGAUUAUUAGGAUCUAUACUAAGUACCUUGGCAACAAAAUUCCCGGAAAUCAAGAUUUGUGAUAUACCUGCACAGAGAUGUAUUGAAAACUAUCCCGAAUCUAAUUGUCCGACAUUGAUUAUAUAUCAUAACGGGAAUGUUGUAAAACAAUAUAUCACAUUAACUCAAUUGGGUGGUAAUGCUACAACCCUUAAAGAUAUUGAACAAGUGUUAGUUGAUGUAGAUGCUGUGGGUUUUAAUGAUAAAAGAUUAAUUGUCAAUAAUGAAGAUGAGGAUGAGGACUUAAAAGAGGCUAGAUCAUUAAGAUUUGCUAAAAAAUCCAUUCGAAAUGACAAGAGCAAUCUUCUGGACGAUGAUGAUGAUGACGAUUUUUAUGAUUAG